AUAAUUUCUGUCAGAGACCAGAAACAAUAUAUACACUUUGUUAUGGCAAAGUAAUCAACGUAUAUCAUUAUCUGGCAGUUAGAACUGGCAAACAUUUUAACCUAGGGGGUGGGCCGACAUGUUGACGCUAUCAAGUGUUGGUUAAACAAGAAUCACACGAUAUCCUCCUGCCUAUAAAAGAGGAACACAGACCACGUCUGGUACCAGUUCGCCCAGAAGAUCAAGAAAAGUCGGUCAGUCUCUCAGCAAGUGUCUUAAAGAAACCAGCCAUGCCGAUCGCAGAUUUCAACGGGACCUGGAAGGCCAAGAGCAACGACAACUUGGACGCCUAUCUCACAGCUGCAGGUGUGCCUUCGGAGUACUGGGACACCAUCAAGUCGGGGACAGUGACGCACGAGUUCUCGCAGGCGGGGGACAGCGUGACCUGGAAGAACACUGGGAACGACGGCCGCUCGGUCACCAACACUUUCAAGUUCGGCCAGGCCUUCAGCGAGACCGGCAUGGACGGCAAAAGUCACCCGACCACUAUAACCUACGAGGGCGGCAAACUGACCAGCACCUGUGCGGAUAUUGACGGGAAGGGGACCAAGACCCUCACCGUCAGGGAAGCGGCGGGAAACACCCUAACGGAAACGAUCACGUUUGGUUCCGUCACGGCCAAGCUUGUGUACCAGAAGUAAACAGGGAACAUCACGUGACAUGUCUUCCUGUACACCCCUGGAACGGACGCACCAGUAGCCAUAGCCAGAAUCUUUUACACGCUACAUUUUAAUUAAAUCAUGUGCACGAUCGUCAAAAUGUAGGCGGAGUUAAGUAUAAUAGCCAGAUUCAAAGGAGGCGGGGUUAAGUAGCGUCCCUCAGGCUAACGCCCCGCCCCUAGAGAUGCUCCACCAAUCAGAGGGCGUUUUUGUAUCGCACAAACUAAAUACUUCAUGUAACUAGGCACUGAUAUACUGUUAAGCGGAAACAUUGUGAUUGCUGUGUGAUAGCUGGCAAUAAAAUGUUGUAACAUCUUUAUAAGACUAAUUUUGUAAUUACUUAGCAGUCAAUCAUAGCUGAGCGUAAUAAACGUAUAAAUCAUACUUAACCCUAUUUAAAUGAUAGCAAAGCUUAAACGUUCUGCAAUAAACUUCACUCUAA